AAGCGCCUGCGCAAUGGGACGGCCGUGGGGGGCGGGAAGCGCUUCGCGGCAGCGGAGCCCAUGUCGGCCCUGAGGCGCUCGGGCUACGGCCCCAGUGACGGCCCUUCGUACGGCCGCUACUACGGGCCCGGGGGAGGCGAUGUCCCGGUGCACGUACCUCCGCCCUUGUACCCUCCUCUUCGCCCGGAGCCUCCCCAGCCUCCGGUUUCCUGGCGAGGGCGCGGGGGCGCCCCGGCCGAGACCACCUGGCCGGGAGAAGGCGCAGGUGGCGAUGGCUACUACCCGUCCGGAGGCGCCUGGGCAGAGCCGAGCAGAGCCGGAGGAGGCCACCAGGAACAACCACCAUAUCCUGGCUAUAACUCUAACUACUGGAAUUCUGUGCGACCGAGGGCUCCCUACCCAAGCACAUAUGCUGUGAGGCCAGAGUUACAAGGCCAGAGUCUGAAUUCUUAUGCAAAUGGGGCAUAUGGUCCACCUUACCCUCCUGGCCCUGGAGCAAGUGCUGCCUCUUACUCUGGGGCUUACUACGUACCCGGCUAUACUCAAAGCAACUACUCCACAGAAGUUCCAAACACCUACCGUUCACCUGGAAACAGCCCAACUCCAGUGUCUCGUUGGAUGUAUUCCCAGCAGGACUGUCCAGCAGAAGCACCUCCCCUGAGGGGACAGGUUCCAGGGUAUCCUGCUUCACAGAACCCUGGAAUGACCUUGCCCCAUUAUCCUUAUGGAGAUGGCAGUCGUGCUGUGCCACAAUCAGGAGCAACUGGACGACCACAAGAUGAUGCAUGGGCUUCUAGUGCCUAUGGGAUGGGAGCCCGCUACCCCUGGCCGUCAGCUGCACCCUCAGCCCCCUCUGGGAACCUGUACAUGACGGAAAGUGCUUCACCAUGGCCCGGCAACAGUUCUCCUCAGCCACCUCCUUCACCUCCACCCCCACCGCCUAAGGAUUCCUCCUACUCCUAUAACCCGUCGGGUCAAGGCGUGAACCGGCACAGCUUUCCAUGCAGCGUCCAUCAGUAUGAAGCUCCAGCAGCAGUGAGCAAUGAUAACUCAGACCUUUUGGAUUCUCAAGUCCAAUAUAGUGCCGAGCCUCAGCUGUAUGGUAAUGCCAGCAGUGAACAUCCCAGCAACCAAGUUCCGAGGAAUAAUCUCCCUGAAGAGUGUUUCUCCUCAGGUGAAGGCACUCCUCCAAGUAUUAAAAAGAUCAUACAUGUGCUGGAGAAGGUCCAGUUUCUUGAGCAAGAAGUAGAAGAGUUUGUAGGAAAAAAGACAGACAAAGCGUAUUGGCUUUUGGAAGAAAUGCUGACAAAGGAACUUUUAGAAUUGGAUUCUGUUGAAACUGGGGGCCAGGACUCUGUCCGUCAGGCCAGGAAAGAAGCUGUUUGUAAGAUCCAGGCCAUACUGGAAAAAUUAGAAAAAAAGGGAUUAUGAAAUAACUUGGAAUGCAGGGGAAGCCUGUGACUUAUUUGGCCAAAGAACUCUUUAAUUUGGUUAGUUCCUAUCUUUUGAAAUGCCUGUUGUGACAAGAAGCAACACAUUCCAACUUUCUUCUGACCUAAAACUUGAAAGGAAAAAAAAAACUGGAAAAGCCGGCAGAGUUAUGGAAGAGCAGCAGGGACAAGAUUCUUUUCAGUUUUCAAAUGACUGAACAUAAUAGAAAACUGGAAUUAUCAGUAUUGCCAAGUAGACCUACCUACUCCUUAAGAAACCCCUGGGUGUCUGUAGGCUGCUGCUUACCAGAUCUCAGGAGGGAGAUAGACUUCAUAUAAUAGGUUGUCGAAAACCUAAUCUGAGACAAACAGGCUGUUUUGUAAGAUCUGGAUUGUCACAUUUUUGUGCAUUGUGACUGCAUAUACUUCAUGUGUAUAUUAUAGCUUAGGCUCUUGGACCUCUGUUCUGUUUUCUUACUGCAGGUCACAAAUGUAAUACUAUUCUACUUCUUUGUACAUUUUGUAGUAAUAUGUUUAAUAUAAUCAAAUACUGGCAGCCAGAUAGAUGAGCAAUUCUGAAUGAAUUCAUAUCCUUUUACCACUUGAAUAUAUUGCAGUGUGUUGUAGGCUCCUAAAGUCAUUUGUCUCCCUUUCUAUGUAGCAUGUUCUGUUCCAUUCUUCCCACUUCUGCUUUUCAUGAUGGGGAAGGGUGACUCUGAGAAUUACAUUGACAUAGGAAUGACAGUGUUUGUGGACAUUCUUUGCUUUGUUGUAUUUGGAUAAAGAUUCACUUUGAAAUUGCUUUCUUAAGAAAAAUAUCUUUUGGCUCUUGCUGCUUCUAUAGAGAGCCUUAUGAUAAAAAUAUGGAAACUUAAAUGCCACAGUUAGUAUAAAUAGUGAUGGCAAAAACCAACAAAUAUGAUUAUUUAAUAAUACCAUUCUUCAGUCAGUAGAUCUAUGGGACAGAUCUGAGCUCAGUUUAUAGCUGAUAGAAGGGCAAGAAGGCAAUUAACGCUCAGGGAAUGAGUCAGCCAUAGCUGAAGUGGAAAAUUCAUUAUUUUAACUUAAAUUUGGUCUGUAUUUCAUAGGAUAAAUUGCAUAGAAUUGCCUAUUUCAUAAGAAAGUUGUUAUUUAAUAUUAAUAACUGUCAAUUUAGAGCCAAGUUUAAGAAAGGGGCCUUUCUUGGUUAUCUAUGUAUGUUGUUAUACGGAGACAGGUAAAUAAUUUACCUUUUAAGCCUAAAGUACGAUCUAGCAUACAGUACCCGCUUUUGCAACAGAGGCAGUUUCUUAGUAAAAUAUCAAGGUGAUGCUUUUUUCUAGGCUAGCAGGCUUUAUAUUAGUGAUACUAAGCCUAUAGCCAUCCCUUCUACUCACAAGAGUCAAACAAAUGCUAACAUAUGAUAAGAAGAAAUGUAAAGAUAUUGUCUAGGGGCUGGAGAUGUGGCUCAGUUAGUAGAGCGUCUGCCUCACAUACAUGAGUCCUGGGCUAAAUCCCCGGUAUUGUAUAAGCCAGCUGUAGUGGUACACCUGUCUCAGCAUCUGGGAGGUGGACACAGGAAAAGUACAAAUGUAAGGUCAUCCUCAGCCACACAGUAAAGUCAGGGCCAGCCUGUCCCAAAAAAUAAACAUGAUAAGUAAUUCAAGAAGAGUCUGUAGUUCUUAAAAGAUAUUAUUUGGCUGAGUUUGGUGGUGUACACUUUUAAUUCAGUCAGUGGAGGCAGGUAGAUCUCUUGAGUUCAAGGCCUGCCUGGUCAGCCAAGGCUAUAUAAUGAGACACUAUCAAAUCCAUCUCGCCUCACCCCCAUCCAUCCAUCUAUCUAUCUAUCUAUCUAUCUAUCUAUCUAUCUAUCUAUCUAUCUAUCUAAUCAAUCAUCUAAUCAAUCAUCUGUCUAUGGGAUGUGUGUGUAUUCUUGCGUACACACGCAUGCAUGUGUGUGUGCGUGUGCGUGUGUUUUAUAUUUAUGAUUUUUAUUUUUGAGACAGAAUUUCAUGCCAGGUUGGCCUUAAACUUUGCAUGUAGUCUAGGACAACCUAGAAGUUCUGGUCCUCCUGCCUCACUUUCUAUUACACAGGUAGGUGUGUGCCUGGUUUAUGUGGUGUCAGGCAAGCACUGUACUGAGGUAUAGCUGUAGCCCUGAUUCUCUUAUAUAAAGUAUAUAAAAGAGAAUAUAGAAAUGUUUUAAAAGGUUUUUGAAGCUGGGUUAGUGGCACACACCUGUCACCCCAACAUUCUGAGGCAGAGGCAGGUACAUAGAUCUCUGAAUUUGAGGCUAUUUUGGUCUACAUAGUGCCAGAUAUAUCUAUAAAAGUUUAACAACUAUACUUUAAGAGGAGAAACCUUAAAACUUAGCUGUGUUGCCAGGGAGACAGUGAUAGAUUCAGAAGAAAACACGGCUACAUAACUUGAGCUGCCCAGGAUGCCAAUUAAUGCAAUCCUUCAUUUGUGUCUACGUACACAUUACGCACAAGUGUACAUAUCUGUGUAGAUACCUUAAGUUAUUUUUUGAACUACUAACAUGAUUUUAAACUUACAGAAGAGUUGUAAAAAUAGCAUUCCUGUGUAUCCUCCAUCCUUCCCCUUGUUUUGACAUCUUCUCUAAUGAAAACAUUUGUCAAAAUUAAGAGUUAAUAGUGCUAUUAAUAUUAGCUGAAGUAGCAAGCUAAAAGUAGAUAUUUCAUUUAUCUUUUUAGUAGCAUCCUCUUAACCGUUCCAGAUCCUAUUUUGCAUUUGGUUGUCUGUCUCAGUAGUCUUUCGCUCUGUGACGUUAUAUCAAAAGGAUAGCUGGUGUUGUCAUGUGUUUCUGGUGUGGUUUACAUCCAGUGCUCUGCUAAAGUGGUGUCUGCUAGGACCCUCUGCUGUGAGCUUUACCCUGCUUUCCUUUGUAAUUACUAAGUAUUUGCUAGAGACACUUUGACUAUGCAAAUGUCCUCUUUCUGCUUAGAGUUCGCCUCUUACUAUCUCUCCUGGCAGAUCUUGCUUGUGGCUUUUACUAUGGUGUUUAAAUGGUGAUUUUCUAUCUUCAUUUCUUCUAUAUUUAAUAAUUGGAAUUCUUCUGGAAGGAACUGUGGUUUCUGGAUUUAUAUUUUUAAUUAUAACAAGAUAUUCAGGAUAGGUAAACUCAGACUUUAAAGAUAUAAAUUAUGUUGAUUGAUUCCAGUGGCCAGUAUCAAAGGGAAGAAAAAGCAACAUUUGUGACCUGUCUUUGGAAAUGUAAUGAAUUUAAGAAGGAAGCUAGUAUUUAUGAUUUGUAAAAUUUGUUUGACUUUUGACUUGAAUUUGAUUUGAAACUGAAAUAAUUUUCUUUUGAAAUUCACAUCUAGACUUUUUUAAGGUGUCUAAAUUUAUAUUACUUUGGGGGUCAUUUUUGUCAAAAUCUUGAAUAAAGUUACCUACACCUGGCAUGAUAAA